GAGGAAGAGGGUACCAUGGCUGCCCUCCUCCUGCUGUCCCUGCUGCUGCUGCUGCCGCUGCUGCUGCUGAAGCUGCACCUCUGGUCGCAGUUGCGCUGGUUCGCGGCAGACUUGGCCUUCACGGUGCGCGCCCUACGCUGCAAAAGGGCUCUUCGAGCUCGCGCCCUGGCCGCCGCUGCCGCCGACCCGGAAGGUCCCGAGGGGGGCUGCAGCCUGGCCUGGCGCCUCGCGCAACUGGCCCGGCAGCGCCCCGCGCACACCUUUCUCAUUCAUGGCGCGCGGCGCUUCAGCUACGCCGAGGCGGAGCGCGAGAGUAACCAGGCUGCGCGCGCCUUUCUACGCGCGCGAGGCUGGGACAGGGGACCCGGCGGCGGCGCAGGGAGUGCCGGCGGAGGCGAGCGAGGCGCCGCGGACGCGGCGGCUGGAAACAGCACGACGCUUGCCGAGUGUGGAAGGGAUGGGGCAGCCAGAGGUGGAGGAGCUACAGCCCCUCUGGCACCUGGGGCGACCGUGGCGCUGCUCCUCCCGGCCAGCCCAGAGUUCCUGUGGCUCUGGUUCGGGCUGGCUAAGGCGGGCCUGCGCGCGGCCUUUGUGCCCACCGCCCUGCGCCGGGGCCCCCUGCUGCACUGCCUCCGCAGCUGCGGCGCGCGCGCGCUGGUGCUGGCGCCAGAAUUUCUGGAGUCCCUGGAGCCUGACCUGCCGGCCCUGAGAGCCAUGGGGCUACACCUGUGGGCUGUAGGCCCUGAAACCCAGGCCACUGGGAUCGGCGAUUUGCUGGCUCAGGCGUCUGCUGAAGUGGAUGGGCCAGUGCCGGGAUACCUCUCUGCUCCCCAGAGCAUAAUGGACACGUGCCUAUAUAUCUUCACCUCCGGCACCACGGGCCUCCCCAAGGCUGCUCGAAUCAGUCAUCUGAAGAUCCUGCAAUGCCAGGGGUUCUACCAGCUAUGCGGUGUCCACCAGGACGACGUGAUCUACCUCACCCUCCCACUCUACCACAUGUCUGGUUCCCUGUUAGGCAUUGUGGGCUGCUUGGGCAUUGGGGCCACAGUGGUGCUGAAGUCCAAGUUCUCAGCUGGUCAAUUCUGGGAGGACUGCCAGCAGCACGGGGUGACGGUGUUCCAGUACAUCGGGGAGUUGUGCCGAUACCUUGUCAACCAGCCCCCGAACAAGGCAGAACAUGGCCAUAAGAUCCGGCUGGCAGUGGGCAGUGGGCUGCGUGCAGACACCUGGGAGCGUUUUGUGCGGCGCUUUGGGCCCCUGCAAGUGCUGGAGACAUAUGGACUGACAGAGGGAAAUGUGGCCACUUUCAACUACACAGGACAGCGGGGUGCUGUGGGACGUGCUUCCUGGCUUUACAAGCACAUCUUCCCCUUCUCUUUGAUCCGCUAUGAUGUCACCACAGGGGAACCAAUUCGGGAUGCUCAGGGGCACUGUAUGGCCACAUCUCCAGGUGAGCCAGGGCUGCUGGUGGCCCCGGUCAGCCAGCAGUCCCCGUUCCUGGGCUAUGCUGGGGUGCCAGAGCUGGCCCAGGGAAAGCUGCUGAAGGAUGUCUUCCGACCUGGGGAUGUUUUUUUCAACACUGGGGACCUGUUGGUCUGCGAUGACCAAGGUUUUCUUCGCUUCCAUGAUCGUACUGGAGACACCUUCAGGUGGAAGGGGGAGAAUGUGGCCACAACUGAGGUGGCAGAGGUCUUGGAAGCCCUGGAUUUUCUUCAGGAGGUGAACGUCUAUGGAGUCACUGUGCCAGGGCAUGAAGGCAGAGCUGGAAUGGCAGCCCUGGUUCUGCGUCCCCCCAACUCUUUGGACCUUGUGCAGCUCUACGCCCAUAUUUCUGAGAACUUGCCACCUUAUUCCCGGCCUCGAUUCCUAAGACUCCAGGAGUCUUUGGCCACCACAGAGACCUUCAAACAGCAGAAGGUUCGGAUGGCAAAUGAGGGCUUUGACCCGAGCGCACUGUCCGACCCACUCUAUGUUCUGGACCAGGCUGAGGGCGCCUACCUGCCCCUCACACCUGCCCGGUACAGUGCCCUCCUGGCUGGGGACCUUCGAGUCUGAGU